AUGGCGUCCGAGAAACCGCUCACUCUCACGUAUUUCGACAUCACAAUUGGCGAUAAAUCCGCGGGGCGUGUAGUCUUCAAACUGUACGAUGAUGUAGUCCCAAAGACUGCAGAGAACUUCCGCGCGUUAUGUACAGGCGAGAAGGGCAAAGGCGCAGCAGGGAAGGACCUAUGGUACAAGGGUUCGACGUUCCACCGUGUCAUCAAAGGUUUCAUGAUCCAAGGUGGUGACUUUACCAAUCACAACGGCACGGGUGGCGAGUCGAUCUACGGAGAGAAGUUCGAAGACGAGAACUUCGAGCUCAAGCAUACGAAGCCGUUCCUGCUCUCUAUGGCAAACGCCGGCCCGGGCACGAACGGCUCUCAGUUCUUCAUUACCUGCUUGCCGACGCCGCAUCUCGAUGGGAAACACGUCGUCUUCGGCGAGGUCAUCCGCGGCAAGUCGAUCGUGCGCGCCCUCGAGAACCACCCCACGGCCUCGGGCGACGUCCCCACCGAGCCGUGCGUCAUUGCGGAUUGCGGGCAGCUAGCGCCCGACGACCCAUCCCUGGUCGCGUCCGGCGCCGCUGAGGACGGAGAUCCGUAUGAGGAUUUUCCAACAGACCAGGAACCCGUUGACGGCCAGGACGUGGCCGACCACCCAGAAGUUGCUCUCAAAAUCGCUCGCGAGAUACGCGAGAUCGGGAACAGGCUUUUCAAGGAGGGCAGGGCCGAGGCAGCGCUGUCGAAAUACCAAAAGUCUGUACGAUACCUAGAUGUGCAUCCCAUCCUUCCGGAGAACGCGCCUCCAGAACUGAAGGACUCGUUCGACGCGCUAAUGGCGCCACUCCUGCUCAACUCUGCGCUUGCUGCGCUCCGCGCGGGCGGCGCCGCGCACGCGCUCAUCGCACUGCGGAGUACGGAGCGCGUUCUGAAGAAUCUGCAGCUGAAUGAUGCGGACAAAGCCAAGGCGCUCUACCGCCGCGCGCUCGCACGCGGCGUGUUGAAGGAGGACGACGCAGCGGAGGAGGACCUUGUCCAGGCGAACGAGCUCGUCAAGGACGACAAGGCGAUCCUGUCCGAGCUGGAGAAGGUGCGCCAGCGGAAGAAGGAGAAGAAAGAUAAGGAGCGGAAAGCGUAUAAGAAGUUGUUUGCAUAG